AUUCCUCUAGACGCCACAGAUCAGCUGGAGCAGAAGGUGAUGGAGUUCUUCGUCAAUGCCAAGAAGAACAAACCCGAGUGGAGGGAAGAGCAGAUGGAGGUCAUUAAGAAGGAUUAUUACAAAGCUCUGGAAGACGCAGAUGAGAAAGUGCAGCUGGCCAAUCAGAUUUAUGAUCUGGUGGACCGACACCUCCGUAAACUGGACCAGGAACUGGCCAAGUUCAAGAUGGAGCUGGAGGCCGACAACGCCGGAAUCACUGAGAUCCUGGAGAGACGGUCUCUGGAGAUGGACAGUCCGUCUCAGCCGGUCAACAACCAUCACGUCCACUCACAUACCACCGCCGAGAAGAGGAAGUACAGCGCUCCGACCCACCACACCACAGAACACGUUCCAGAGAAGAAGUUCAAGUCGGAAGCUCUGCUGUCCACGCUCACAUCAGACGCCUCCAAGGAGAACACGCCAGGCUGCCGUGCCAACAGCACCUCCUCCUCCUCCUCCACCAACAGCAACGUCUACAGCGUCAACUCCUCCCAGCCUCUGGCCUCUUACAACCUGAGCUCUUUACCUGCCGGUCCCGGAGCCGGAGCCGGAGCCAUCACCAUGGCAGCAGCCCAGGCCGUCCAGGCCACGGCACAGAUGAAGGAGGGCCGGAGAACGUCCAGCCUCAAAGCGAGCUACGAGGCCAUCAAGAACAACGACUUCCAGCUGGGCCGAGAGUUUUCCCUGUCGAGGGACAACACCGGAUACUCAUCCUCCGCCCUGGCCUCCACCCUCACCCAGACCCUCACCCCCACCACCGCCUCCGACUCCAGGGGCCGCAAGUCCAAAUCAUCCACCAGCAGCCCUCAUCUGCAUGGAAACAAGCCGCUCAUCUCCUCUUCCUCUGUUUCCAGGAGCAGCAUCAAGUCUUCCAACCAUCAGUCCUCUUCAUCCUCCUCCUCUUCCUCACUGUCGUCCUGCUCGUCUUCAUCAGCGUUGGCUCAGGAGCUCUCCCAGCAGGCGUCCACGCUGCCUGAAGCUGAAGCCAACAGCCAGGUGGACUGGACCUACGACCCCAACGAGCCCCGAUACUGCAUCUGUAACCAGGUUUCUUAUGGAGAGAUGGUCGGAUGCGACAACACAGACUGUCCCAUCGAGUGGUUCCACUAUGGCUGUGUGGGGCUGACAGAGGCUCCUAAGGGGAAGUGGUACUGCCCUCAGUGUACGGCCGCCAUGAAGAGGAGAGGAAGCCGCCACAAAUAGACCGGCGGCCAUGUUGGCUCUGGAACCAGCAGCCAUCUUGGACCUGGGACCGGCGGCCAUCUUGGACCUGGGACCGGCGGCCAUCUUGGACCUGGGACCGGCGGCCAUCUUGGACCUGGGACCGACGGCCAUCUUGGACCUGGGACCGACGGCCAUCUUGGACCUGGGACCGGUGGCCAUGUUGGAUCUGAGGUCAACAGGUGGCUGCAGACAAACACACUGAACUGAUGACAGAAACUGUGGAGUCUGGAGCCACAGCGGGGAAAAUCCUUUAGGUUCUGAGAGGAAAUCUGGAAUUAAAUCCUUCGACACUAAGCAUUUAAAACAUUUAAAAAUCCGGCAGGUUUUUCUUCCUUAACCCUGUAAGACCCAAAUACAGAAAAAAAACAUUAGCAAAAAAUAAACUAACUAUAUAUGUAUGUAUCCCAAAUACAGAAAAAAAAAUUUGCAAAAAAAUGAGUAAACAAAAAAUUUAAAAAAAUAGAUAAAAUAAAAAAAUUAUACACACACACACACACACACACACACACACACAUAUACAUACAUACAUACAUAUAUAUAUAUAUAUAUAUAUAUAUAUAUAUAUAUAUAUAUAUAUAUAUAUAUAUAUAUAUAUACAUAUAUAUAUAUAUAUAAAUAAAUUCAAAAAAAUUAGUUUUUCUGCAACCGUGGGUUUUACGGAGUUAAGUCCGACUUUAUUUCACAGAGAGAGCAGCUGAUUAGUCAUCAAGGAAACCAAUAAUCAACGUCAAACAUUUAAAAUUGAUUUUAAAAUAGCUCAAUCUGAUUGGUUAACGAGUCACAGCCAGUCAGCUGAUUGGCUGUGAUUCGUUAACCAAUCAGAUCGAGCUGUUUUAAAAUUUAUUCAAUUUUUUGAGAGCUGAGAGCCAAGUUUUUAAAAACAAAGGUAAUCUGACCGUUAAAUUUAGGAUUUAAUUUCACUUAAAUCUCAAAAUUAAUCCCGACUUUGUUUGAUCAAAGUUGAAUAAAGUUACAGAGAAAAACCUGAUAAAUAAUUUCAUAGUUUCUCCUCUUUAUUUAGACACUCACCAACUAUGAGCUUCUUUAAUGUGGAAUAUUUCACUUUUUAUUCUAAGAAAUAGACUUUUUUUGUCCUGUUUUCUGCUGGUCUCCACAAACUCAAUUGUUUUAAUGCAGAAAAUUCAAUUAUUUUUAUUCGUUUGUCUCAUGAGCGUCUCUUUCAAACCGCAGAACACUAAAAAAAAACUUCCCACUGAGACGACCUCAUGCUGGCGGAAACCGGAAGCGUUCUUGUUAAAUAAUCUGUCUGCUGUGGAACAUUUUGACCAAAUAUCAGGUGGAGACGAGACUUCAGAAGUCAGACUUUAUGGGUUAGAAAGAAGCUGAACCUCCACAGUGGAGUUUUAACUUUAAUCCUAAAAUUCAGACUCAGAAUUUAAAGUGCAACAAAAAUCUCCUUCAUCAGAAUCCGUCUUAAAGCCUAAAGUUUCGUCUUUAAAUCUGAAAACUUCAACGACUUUAAUUGCUUCCCGGAUUUCUCACCGUCUGUAGCUUCGACGUUCGGAUUUAACCUCAGAUCUGGAGUCAUUUUCCCACGAGGCCGUGCUCCUCUCAGCAAAAACUACAAACAGGGCGAGCUGUUGGACUACAACUAUGGCGGCCGUGUCGUUUAUAUGAAACGUGACGAAAUCAGGCAAAGCUGAGGAUCCUCUGACCUCCUGAAAAUGUUUUACAGAAUGUACAGAGUCAGAACCAAUCAGCUGCAGCCUGGGAGUGUGUGUUUGUGUGUGUGUGUUGUUUGUGUGUUUGUGUGAUUGUUGUUUGUGUCCACAGAUGUUUAAAAAAAAAAGUCCAAUAAAAUGAUGAGGAUGUUUUGGUAAA